AUUAGGGUUUUGUGUUACUCUCCUCUUCUUUCAAACCCUAGAAGAAAUAAGUGAGAGUGGUUUGCUUUAGCCGCGGAGGAGUCAGAACUCAUACGCUGCAAACAUGGCAAGAGGAUUGAAGAAGCAUUUGAAGAGGCUCAAUGCUCCUAAGCAUUGGAUGCUUGACAAACUUGGUGGUGCUUUUGCCCCCAAGCCGUCUUCUGGACCACACAAGUCUAGGGAGUGUCUACCCCUUGUCCUUAUCAUCAGGAACAGGUUGAAGUAUGCUCUGACUUACAGAGAAGUGAUUUCGAUCUUGAUGCAAAGGCAUAUUCAGGUUGAUGGGAAAGUGAGGACUGACAAGACUUACCCUGCUGGUUUUAUGGAUGUUGUUUCUAUUCCAAAAACAAAUGAGAACUUCCGUCUUUUGUAUGACACCAAGGGACGUUUCCGUCUCCACUCCAUCAAGGAUGAGGAAGCUAAGUUCAAGCUUUGCAAGGUGAGAUCUAUCCAGUUUGGUCAGAAGGGCAUUCCCUACUUGAACACAUAUGAUGGUCGCACCAUCCGUUACCCCGACCCGCUCAUCAAGCCUAACGACACCAUCAAGCUCGACCUUGAAGAAAACAAGAUUGUGGAGUUCAUCAAGUUCGAUGUGGGCAAUGUAGUUAUGGUCACCGGAGGAAGAAACAGAGGGCGUGUUGGUGUGAUUAAGAACCGUGAGAAGCACAAGGGAAGUUUCGAGACCAUCCACAUCCAAGACUCAACAGGUCAUGAGUUUGCUACAAGGUUGGGAAAUGUGUUCACUCUUGGCAAAGGAACAAAGCCAUGGGUGUCUCUUCCAAAGGGUAAAGGUAUUAAGUUGACCAUCAUUGAGGAAGCCAGGAAGAGACUUUCUGCUCAACAAGCUGCUUAAUACUGUACUCUGUUUCCCAAUUUUCAGAACAAACUAUGCGUUAGUUUGCAACACUCUUUAUGAGUUUUACUUUCGUUUCAAAACUUUAUCUUUUGGGAUUUUUAUGAGCUAUUUUUUUUGGACCUUUUGUGCUACUUGCGAGUUUGGACUUCAACCUUGUUACUUCCGAUAGUUUUUGAAUUGCCUUA